GGGGAGACUGGAGCCAAUUGACACCUUACAAGUGUCAACCUGCUAAAAACUAAUUGAAAUGUUAAUUUUCAAGGUUUGCAAAACUGUUUUAAGUUAUGAAUGGGAAACUAUUAUAGAUGCAAAAUAGUUGGUUUUUAUUAUUCAUCGAAUUCUGUUCUGUUGUGAUAAAGUUGACCAGGUCAUGAGCAAAAACGAAAAAUAAAAGGACCGUAACGACUAUUUAAUGUUUCCAAGCACCAUAACUCUGAUAUUUGCCACAAUUAGUACAACUGAGCACUAAAAAGUUACUUUUUUUGGCGUAAAUGGGGGUGUUUUUAUGUCAAAGGAGUACAGAGUAUGAGAUUCUGCAACCAACUUUACACGUAACAAUCUGCACGAAUUCGUCUCUGGCGUCAAAAAUGACUUGAUACAAAUCACAAAAACAACACACAAAACAAACAGUUACAUAUUUAUCUGAGAAAAAUGAACGACGACGCUGUUCUUUACUCCAAACACAGCAAUUUACAAAAAUCAGAUGCUGCCUAUAUUUUGGACAAAUAUUCAAAUUUGUUAAAUUGGCGCGAUGGUGACAAAAUUUUGGAUGUGGGUGCUGGGGAAGGAUCAGUCUCUAUAGAGGUCCUACUACCCAGACUACCAACCAAUUUUCACAAACUUACCCUUUCGGAUAUAUCGCCUCAGAUGUUGAAAUUCGCCCAGGAAAGGUGUGAAGAUUCCAGACUGGAUUGUCUUCUAAUGGACAUAUCCGUGGUGGUUCCAGAAUCUUUACACCAACAGUUUGACCACAUCUUCUCCUUUUAUUGUUUGCAAUGGGUCGCGGACGAAAACAGGCAAGAACAAGCUUGGAAGAACAUUUUUGACUUGUUGAAACCUGGUGGCGACACGUUGGUCACGAUUAUAGCCACAGGGCCGUUGUUCGACUUUUCCGAAAGCAUGGCGAAAAUGGAAAAAUGGGCCCCUUUCAUGGGGAAUGUGAAACGGGUGAUUUCGCCCUACCACCAUAUUGAAAAUCCAGCUGACAAGCUAAAGAACUUUCUGGAAAAAACUGGGUUUUUGGUUAAGGUUUGCGAAACUGAGGAGCGGUGUUACGUUUAUUCCAGCACUUCACAAUUUUUGGACUGGGGAUUUUCGGUCAACCCAUUUAUUAAAACCCUUCCAGAAAACGAACGUCCGAGCUUUAUCGAAGAGUACAAGAGACAGGUUUUCACCCACAAGAAAAUUAUCGUGGAAAAGGGUGACAAUGGGGGCGAAAAAAUCCACAAAAUGUACACAAUGUUGACUGCUUGUGCGUCUAAACCACUCUAUUAA